AUGGCAACAUCUACCACAACACUUCAAUCACCCUCAGCACAGAAUGAUAAUGUCAAGAGUGCUACUAAUGAUGACACCGAAAAAUCUGCCAUCCAAAGGCUUUCGCAAGGUGUUACCCUUUCUGGGAUCCCAUCCUUCACCUCACUUGAAGUAAAAAGACAAUGGAUGCUUGAGCAUUUGGCGGGAGCCUUCCGUGUUUUCGCCAGAAAGGGGUAUGUUGAAGGGCUGACUGGACAUAUUAGCCUCAGAGAUCCCGAAUACUCCAACUGUUUCUGGACGAACCCAUAUGGAAUGCACUUUGGUCUUAUCAAAGUGUCUGAUCUGAUACUAUUGAACGAAGAUGGGGUGCCAGUUGGGGGUGCAACUCACUUGCCUGCUGGUGCCGCUGGAUUUCAAAUCCAUUCCCAUCUACAUAAACGAUAUCCCCAUGUCAAUGCUGCAUGCCACACUCACUCACCAUAUGGAAAGGCCUACUCUGCUUUUGGGAAGAGACUAGAUAUGAUAAACUUAGAUGUUGUUGACUUUUACGGGGAAGGCCAUGGAGUUUAUUCGGAGUUUGGGGGUGUAACAUUGAAUGAGGCAGAAAGCGAAAGGCUUGUCCAGUCGCUUGGGCCUAAAGGGAAAGGUCUCAUACUUUUAAACCAUGGGUUAUUAACAGUUGGCCAAACGGUUGAUGAGGCAGCUUAUCUAUUUUCCGUCAUGGAAAGAUCUUGUCAAGUACAGCUCUUGGUGGAUGCUGCUGCCGCUGGCUCCGGACACAAGAAGGUGCCAGUUAGUGAUGAAGCUGCAGCGUAUACUGCCAAGGCUAUGGCCGAUCCUGAGACUCUUUACUGUGCUUUUCAACCAGAGUAUGAGAUGGAGAAAGCAGUAUCAAACGGGACUUUCUUGAAGUGA